AUGCGAUACAGCGAAUCGCGUUGGAUCAUCCCCUCGCGGCCGCCCUGCUCCUCCCUUGCCCCCCGCCUACCCUCCUCUCCGCCACUCCGCCUCUCCCGCCCCUCUCGCGCCUCCGUUCCCUCCCGCGCGCCCCUCCCCCCCGCCUACCCUCCUCUCUCCUCCCACUCGUCCCCGCCACCCGCCCUGCCCGAUCCCUCCGUCCCUCCUUGCGCCCUUUCUCCCCAUUCCCGCCCCUUCCCGUCCCUCCCUCCCGCCUUCCCUCCUCUCCGUGCGUAUGCCAGCUUUGCUCCAACGAUGAGGCAGCGAGCACCCAUGGACGGCAAUUCGAGUGCGAAAGUGUUGCGAGGCAACUCUCGAACCACAUUCCGCCCCUCCUCUCUAUCCCUCCCUCCCUCCCUCCCUCCCUCCCUCCCUCCCUCCCUCCCUCCCUCCCUCCCUCCCUCCCUCCCUCCCUCCCUCCCGCCCCUCCGUGCGUGCGCCGGCUCUGUGUGCCAAUCACCUGCACCGCACCCAACCAUGAGGCAGCGAGCAGCCAUGGACUCGGACUCGAGUGGGGCCAGCAGCGCCUCACGGAAGGGCGAAGAGCCUCCAGAUUUCCUCGACACACAAGAGCAGGAGGCAAUGAUAGCAGCUUUUGAGAAGCAACACCACGAGUCACAUCGCUUCUGGAAGAUCUGCAUGUCGCUGAUACUGCUCGCAUAUGCAUCCUUCAUGGUGCAUGGAGUCAUCAGCCUUGUUCUCUCUCCCUGGGGUCAGAGGAGGCAUGCUGAGCUGCGCCAAGUGGUCGACCUCACAGCCCUUGCUGCUGCCGAUGUGGCAUCAGUGGCAGCCUCUGCCCUUCUCCUUCUCUCUCUUUGGAUGCACGGUUCAAAACGUUACCUUCUCUUCACGUCCUCUGCUGCUCUCUCCACUGUGCUUGCACUCUUCUGGAGCUACACCCUGCUACAGUACGUAUUGCUGAAUACCUACCCAGCUACAGUACCAAUCUACUUUUGA